CAUCAAAGAUUCUGUAUUCCACUAACAUACCUGAUCUCGACCUUAUCUCCUCACCAUAAAUAACACUAUCUUCACUACCCAACUUCACACUCACUAAACCCCACACACAACCCAACUAUGGGCGUAAUAAUAAUCGACGGUUCCACCGUCCGCGACUUCGUAAACGACGUCGUUCAGUUCCAAACCAGCGUGGACGCUCAAUUCACCGCUCUCGACGUCAACAACGACGGCGUUUUAUCCCGAUCCGAGAUGCGAAAGGCCUUCGAAUCCAUGCGCUUACUUGAAACUCACUUCGGCGUCGACACCGCCACGCCGCCGGAGGAACUCACUCGUAUUUACGACUCUGUGUUCCGGGGCUUCGACGGAGACCAAAACGGCACCGUUGACCCGGAGGAGUUUAGAUCGGAGAUGAAGAAGAUCAUGCUGGCGGUUGCCGACGGGCUCGGAUCGUCGCCGAUACAGAUGGCGGUGGAGGAUGAUGAUCAGAGUUUUUUGAAGAAGGCGGCGGAGCUUGAGGCGGCGAAGAUCUCCGGCGGUGGUUGUUGAUUGAUCGGACGGUUGUAGUAAUUACUGUGAUGAUGUACUGAUGUUUGUUUGUUAUAUGGUUUUUACUGUAAUGGUAAAUGAGUCGGAGUAACCGCGGUUAAAAGUAUGUAAUGUAUUUCGCCAUUUCGGUCGUAUAAUAACUUUGGAAUUGUUUUUGUUACUA